CAUGGCAGGAGUUUGACACCCCUUGAAAGUGAGCAUCAAAAUGUCAAGAAUCGCGUGUUUGAUUUUAAGUUUAAGACUUUCAAAAGUCAAAAUAUGUACCAAGACUGGCUUUCCAUCUUUGAACGAGCUGUGAGAGUUUUUUAAUUCAAGAAAUAACUCGUGGCAAAACAGGAAAAGGGUGUCCGUGUUGAUCUAACAGCCCCAUCUGGUCUUCAAUGAAGUGUUAUUUUUUUAGGAACUCAGGAAGAAAAACAGACCCUGGCGGAGUGAUCGUCAACACCGCGGAAGGAUACCGUAAGCCGCAACGCGAACUGCUUAACAUCACAGCACCGCGGCCAGCGCCAUUUUGCCUGUCACAGGAACACAACCGUAGCAUUCCAGGACACCAAUCUUUUUGCCGAAAUGGCAGUGUGAAAGUGUGCAGCGACCUUGCAGCCUCCAACAAAACAGUGCAUCCAACCAGUGCACUGAGUCACUUCUAAUUCAGCGAAAAUGUCGUCCCACGUGGAAACCCUCAGCACUGCUGCACGCGACAGCAUAAAAGAGUUCGUCGGCCUCAGAGCACUGUCACGCACUCCAUUUGUGACCAACAACAGCCACUAUGACCACGAUGAUGACAAACUCACAGUUUGGCCUGGAAGACAUGGAGGCCCUACUAUGGGAGCCUUCCUCUCCCAUGGCUGACGCCAUGGGCUCAGUUGUUCUUCACUCCGACCUCGAGGACCAUCACAAAGGAGGAGGACCAGCCUCUGUGGAUGGAAUGGCAGCCCCGGUGUCACCUUUUAACUCUUCAUCUCCGUCUUCUUCCGCUUCUCCCCUGACGUUCUAUUCUCCUCCACACUCGCCCCCGGUUGUCCAGGGGAAAUCUGGGAUUUCAUCUGAGAUGCUCCCCUGGUUGGCUAACCCUGGUCAGUUAAGAGAUGCUGAGGUGGUCUCAGGCGAUAGAAAAGAUGACAUGUUUGGUGAUCUGGAGUGGAUGGCCGAAAGGGUGGAUCUGAGCGACUUUGACCUGGAUUCUCUGAUAGGUUCCUGCAGCCCACAUGAUGAGUCUCCAAGCGACCCGGAUGACUUCCUGGCCUCCCUUGAGCUCGACUCGCUCCCGGCUCUUUCAAGUCUCGGUUCUACUUUCCCGGCAGAUAUCCCCCCCGCCGCCGCCGCCGUCAUCACAACAGAACCGCUGUCCCACAGUGAUGUUCCCUUCCACGCCGCGUCCACUCCAGACCCUCAAGCGGAGAUUGAAAUUAAAUCCGAGCCAAGCUCCGCUGCCUCCCCGACUGCGUGUAGUCCAGAUCCUCAAGCGGAGUUUGAAAUAAAGUCCGAGUCGAGCUCAUCCGCCUCCCCUGCUUACACCCUGGACCUGGGCAGCGAAGUGGACGUCCCCAUGAGUGAGAUGAACCCAGCGGCGGUGGUUCCUCAGGUCCAGAGGGUUGUGAUCUCCCUUUCGCCUACCAGAAUCGUCCUCCUCCUAGCUCCUAAAGAUGACGCAGGGAACCCCGGCGCCGCAUCCACUCGGUGCGACGAUAAUAAUUCUCCUCCGCCGCGGUCCUCCAGAAACCGCCCAUACCCCGACCCCAAACGCAAAGAAAUCCCGCCUUUAUCCAAAACCAAGUCAUUCCCAAGUUCAUGUACAAACGAAAGAGUAGCAUCGAAGGCGCCAAAGAACAAGAAAGAGAAGAAGAUGGAGCAGAAUAAGACGGCAGCGACUCGGUACCGGCAGAAGAAGCGCGCCGAGCAGGACGCCCUCCUCACGGAGCACGGCGUGCUGGAGAGGAAGAACGUGGAGCUGAAAGAGAAGGCGGAGUCCAUGGCCAGAGAGAUCGAGUACCUCAAGGAGCUCAUGGAGGAAGUCCGUACGGCGAGGUUAAAGAGCGGCCCCUAGUGGUUGAGGACUGCGGAUGUAAAUGUAUUAUGGAGAGUUGGAGCCAUUUUCAGCUGGGCUUGUUUUCAUCUGAUGUAUUAUGUCAUUUGUGCACAUUAUAUCCCGGUUCUACUGACAGCGCACUUAAGUAUCAUUUAGAACAUUGCUAUCAUAAUUAGAAUAAUCAACACAAGCAAGCACAGCUCAAAAUAAACAUUUAUUGCAUGUUUGUACAUUUUUAUUUCAUGUUUUAACUGUGUACUAAUCAUGUAUAAGGUUUUAAUAAAUACUCCCAUUAUAUUUAA